AUGGAUUUAGCUGCGGUCAGCGAAGAGCUAGCGGAUAUCGAAGGACAAAUCGCCGACAUUUUUCGAGCUUUAUCAAAUGGAUUCCAGAAACUGGAGAAGAUUAAGGAUGUUAAUAGGCAGAGUAGGCAAUUGGAAGAGCUUACCGACAAGAUGAGAGAGUGUAAGAGGCUCAUCAAAGAAUUCGAUAAGGAAGUUAAGGAAACAGAGAGUAGAAAUGAUGCAAACACCCGCAAAAUGCUGAACGAAAAGAAGCAGUCAAUGAUCAAGGAGUUGAAUUCAUACGUUGCCCUUAAGAAGCAACAUCAAAGCAAUCUUGAGAACAACAAACGAGUUGAUCUCUUUGAUGGGCCUAGUGAAGGCUUUGGGGAAGAAAAUGUCUUGCUAGCUUCAUCUAUGACAAAUCAACAGCUAAUGGAUAGAGGAAACCAAAUGAUGGAUCAGACUGAUCAAGCCAUUGACAGGGCUAAGAAGGUUGUUCAAGAUACUGUUGAUGUUGGAUCAGAAACUGCUGCAGCUCUCAAGGCUCAGACUGAACAAAUGAGCAGGAUAGUUAAUGAGCUGGAUUCUAUCCAUUUCUCAAUACAGAAAGCAUCUAAAUUGGUCAAAGAAAUCGGUAGGCAGAUUGCUACUGAUAAGUGCAUUAUGGCAUUGUUGUUUCUUAUUGUCGUUGGAGUUAUAGCCAUCAUAAUUGUGAAGAUUGUGAAUCCAAACAACAAGGACAUCCGCGAUAUUCCGGGAUUAGCACCACCUGCAAUGAACCGACGGCUACUUUGGACUCUGAAUUGAAGAGUUAGAAUGGAUCACCUGAUGACAUGUGGGGACUAUUUGUACUGUAGAAUCGUUGCUACCUAUACUCCCCGGCAGUCGGGUAUGAUUGUUCAGUUUGAUUUCUGUUUACAAUAGUUUUGGUGCAUCCACUAAGAGUUUGGCUGAACUUCCCAUGAGCUAACCUCGCAUUAGUCAUUGUUAUGAUAUCAUUGAAUAGCAUUAGCAUAUGAUGAGAUUCUGUACGACUGGUGUUUUUUUCAUUACGGACAGAAGAAAUUGCCCCCAUAGACGAGUGGAAAGAUCAUGUACUUGAGAGUGUGUUGGUCGGUAUCAUACAACACUCGCACGACU